UGCCGCUACAUUUAGGAGAAACAGCAGUGUCUGCGGCUCCCAUUCUCCAAGGGGGCCCGUUUUGGGGGGGCAGUGUCAGGGGCAUGGACGGCACCCCCCCAGGGUCUCUGCUGCUGGCUACUCUCUUCUCCACGAGCUGGGUCCCUGGGUGACUAAGAAAGGAUUCUGGAUCUCUGUCUCUCAGGGCAGAUUGCAGCUCAGAGAGCUCCUCAGAGGAAGAAUUUGAAGCAAAAUCAGCCCCUCCAGGACCCCCAACGCCACCGAGGCUCCAAGCACGGGGCCGCGCAGGGUGGCCCACAGGGUCCCCAUUGGUCUCCAGGCGUGCUUUGCACUGGCACUGACAACAACGUCCGCAGCCCAUCCCUGGUCGCCUGUCGCCCGGCGCCGUCAUGGCGCAAGAAAAUGCGGCCUUCUCACCAGGGCCGGAGGAGCCGCCGCGGCGUCGCGGCCGCCAGCGCUAUGUGGAGAAGGAUGGUCGGUGCAAUGUACAGCAGGGCAACGUACGCGAGACGUACCGCUACCUGACCGACCUGUUCACUACGCUCGUGGACCUGCAGUGGCGCCUCAGCCUGCUCUUCUUCGUGCUCGCCUACGCGCUCACCUGGCUGUUCUUCGGCGCCAUCUGGUGGCUGAUCGCCUAUGGCCGCGGCGACCUGGAACACCUGGAGGACACAGCGUGGACGCCGUGCGUCAAUAACCUCAAUGGUUUCGUGGCUGCCUUCCUCUUCUCCAUUGAGACCGAAACCACCAUUGGCUACGGGCACCGUGUCAUCACCGACCAAUGCCCCGAGGGCAUCGUGCUGCUACUGCUGCAGGCCAUCCUAGGCUCCAUGGUGAACGCCUUCAUGGUAGGCUGCAUGUUCGUCAAGAUCUCGCAACCCAACAAGCGCGCCGCCACACUCGUCUUUUCCUCUCAUGCCGUGGUGUCACUGCGCGAUGGGCGCCUCUGUCUCAUGUUCCGCGUUGGCGACCUGCGCUCCUCGCACAUUGUGGAGGCAUCCAUCCGCGCCAAGCUCAUCCGCUCGCGCCAGACGCUGGAGGGCGAGUUCAUCCCGCUGCACCAGACUGAUCUCAGUGUGGGCUUCGAUACUGGCGAUGAUCGCCUCUUCCUGGUCUCCCCUCUUGUCAUCAGCCAUGAGAUCGACGCCGCCAGCCCCUUCUGGGAGGCGUCGCGACGCGCUCUAGAGAGGGACGACUUCGAGAUCGUGGUCAUCCUAGAGGGCAUGGUGGAAGCAACGGGUAUGACAUGCCAAGCUCGCAGCUCCUACCUGGUGGAUGAGGUGCUAUGGGGCCACCGCUUCACAUCAGUUUUGACCCUGGAGGAUGGCUUCUACGAGGUGGACUAUGCCAGCUUCCACCAGACUUUUGAAGUGCCCACACCCUCAUGUAGUGCCCGAGAGUUGGCAGAGGCUGCAGCCCGCCUUGACGCCCAUCUCUACUGGUCCAUCCCCAGCCGGCUGGAUGAGAAGGUGGAGGAGGAGGGGGCAGGGGAAGGGGCAGGUGGGGAAGCUGGGGCUGACAAGGAGCAGAAUGGCUGCCUGCCACCCCCAGAGAGUGAGUCCAAGGUGUGACCUGUUUCCUCCAAAUCCCUGUGGCAGACCGGAGGCCAGACACAGGUACAUGGGGAGCUGGAUGUUGGAGGUAGAAGAGGAGCCAGGUGACAUCCCAGGGAUUGUGCUAAAGUUGGAGAGGUCCUGGAGAACCUUGAGUCUAGAAUACAAUAGGGAAGGAAGGAGCCCUGAUUUCAGGAGAAUGGAAGGUGGGGAUGGGCAAACAUACUGUCUGUCUGUGUUUGACCUUCACAUCUGUUCAUGGGUAGAUGAAUGGGCAGAAGGAUGGUCUUAUGGGGGUUAGAUGGGAGAUGGUGACAAAACGACAACUAGUGAACAGGUAAAUAGACCAAUAGUUGGUACCAUUUACCUGGAGAGUUGGUGCACUCAGGGCUGUAGCUACCCAUAGCACACCAUUGUGCAAAUUCUAAAAAGGUAUCCUUUUCCUCCAGACACAUGCAUUCCCAAACCAGGAUGCUUAGCUUGGGGAACAGUGUGAGAUGGAGUGCAGUCCCCACUCACCUCCUUGGCAUCCUCUCUGUGUGUGACACACCUAUCACAGCUGAAUACAGUAGCCCAAACUGAACCAGAGGAGAGAAAGCUAGACAGAUAUAGGCACAGAUGAGGACCACUCCCUCAGCUCCACCCUUCCACUAUGACAGACUCAGGAGGAGGAUAAGUAGCCAUAAGGGAGCUCAGCCAGUUUCAACGACCUUGAUACUCAGGAUGUAGGGCAACAGGCAGUGGGGACAGAUGCUGGAGCUGGGGCUCUGGAGCAGGGCCUGGGAAGAGGGGACCCACAGAUGGUUAUUUUGUGACAACAGAGCAAAAUUUUGCAGGUACCAUCACAGAGGUAGGAUGGGACAGCUUCAGAAGCAGAAGCGCCAGGGAAGCAAUCUAGAAAGUGGUAUCAUAGGGAGAGAUGGUGGUUCCUGGAGAAGCAGAGUCUGUCCUUGAGGCAGAGUUAGGUGGAUUGUCCAAAUCACUGAUUGAAUGUCAGAUGAGGCAGACCUUCAAAAAUCUUGUUCCUAUCACCAGAACAUAGGGCACAUGGAAAGAACACAAAUACACCGGUGGCAACUGAAAAAGGUACUGUUCACUUUGAGAACCUGGGCCAUCUCUUAGAGCAGGGAGUGGGAGGGUCUUAUUGAUCAGAAAGAUAUGAAAUGAGUCAGGCAGAGAGAAUGAUGAAAGGCAGAAGUUGUAAAACUUUGCUGUGCAUCAGAAUCACCUGGCGAACUUGUUAAAAUGCAGAUUGCUGGGCCCUGCUCCCAGAUUUCUGACUCGAUAGGUCUGAGGUGGAAACCAAAAAUGUGUGGGUCUAACGAGUUCUGAAGUCAUGCUGACACUGCUGGACCAGGAACCACAAUUUGAGGGUCAAAUAAGGUGGGGAGUAGCUGAAGAGAAACUAAGGAUCCUGGGGGAGCAGAGAAAUGUGAAGGGUAGAGUUUUGUAUGUGGGAAAGAGACCCAAGCCCAGGCUAAAGAGUUUAAUUUUGGGAUCAGGAAUUCAGUGGAAACUGGUCAAUGACAAACAGAGGUGGUAUAUGGGAAGACAAAUGGGCAAGAAAGAUAGGACAAAGCACUUAGAAGGCCUUUUGGACUCCUGGAGAGGUAAUGGGGAACUGAAGCAGGAAGGGCUUCAGAGGCAAAAGGAUCAAAUCCCUUGUAGGAUUGAAAAGGCAGAAAUCAAUAUGGGAGAAAACGAGUCCAAACAUCUGGGUGUUUACCACCUACUGUCAGCACCCCUGGGACAGGGAUCUCUGGAGAUGCACAAUCUUAUGCCACCCUCCAACCUGUCCUGAUUUCAUCCCAAUCAUCUCAAGAUGGCAAGAGGAGAGCAAUGACAAGUUGAAAAAAGGCAGAAGGUUGGUUGAGAGGACCUGAGGCUGGCUGCCUGGAGAAAAGUGUAGCCCAGGCGAGUAUGGCCUUAUGGGACCAGCGAGGACCUUCAUCUUUCAGCCAACUACUCCCCACUCCUGUCCUUGAAUAAAAGUCUGAGCCCAUGGGGGAAGGCAGGCACCCCAGUCUGCUCUGUUCCAGGCUGGGAAGCCAGGAUCCUAGGGGCACUGUACCCUUCUAAAGGCAAGAAAGAAGACCCAAGCCCCAUCCCUUCCCUUCAGUCUAGGCAUGGGCAUCUGCCUCAGGUCCCAGGGCCACCUGGGUCACCCUCAGUCAAAGACAAGGGCCUAGAAUGCUGAUGACAGCUAUUCCCCCAAGAAUAGACAUCGCGGUAGGGGAUGGGGAGCAAUCUGGGUUUCAUGCAGUGGAACAGGUGAAGUUUAGACAGGAGCGGGGGCUGCUUGGUGUGUACACACGCACACACACAGCACUGAAACCACUGUAACUAAACUGAAAGAGAAACAGACUAAAACAGAUCCCUCCUUCCCCUGGAAAUCACCGAGAUGCAGUCACACCUGUCCUCACCACGGUCACCACUCAGGACACCACUGUACAGUGCAAAGAGUCAGGAGACCUGGGUUUUAGUGCUGACACUGUCACUAACUCCCUCUAUGACUUGUUCACAUCCCAGGGAAGUGAUGCUCAAGUUUCAUCACUUCUCUGGGCCUCAGUUUCCUCAUCUGUAAAAAUGACACUUAGCAAACCAGUUAUGCUCAAUAAAUGUUAAAUAAUUGAAUUAAAAGAGGUAGACUGGAUGCCACUACAGGGGCAAAACAGGCCAGAAUUUUGGGAUCAGAGGAUCCUUAAGCAAAGGGUGAGACUAGGCUGGGUGUGGAAGCCAGCAGGGUGGGUGUGUAGGUAUAGAAGCUCUGUGGACACAGUCAUUUCAGGCCCUCCCCUGACUGCUGUUGUCCCUGUUCUAGGGAGCCUAUUCUGCUGCUGUCAGGAGGCAAAAUUAAGGUCAGGAGGAAAAAGACUGAGUUCCCAGGGCCUGGAGGGAGAAGUCAGGUUCAAAACUAGCUCGACUAGGAAAAUGAGGACAAGAGAGGGCGGUGGCCAAGUCUGGGAAGCUCAGAAAGGGCACUGACCCUGGAAGCCCCUGCCUUAUAAUGUGGGAGAAGGUUUACCUCCCCAAAUAGGAGCCCCAUUAGGAGUUGGCUCAGCACUGACAAUUGAGGCAGCAGAUGGGACCCAGGUGUUCCCUCCUGGGGUGGGUGGCAAGGCCCAUGGAGACCAGAUGGUGUUUAUGGUGGGAAGAGAGGCCUGGUUUGUCCAGAACAGGUUAUCAACCCCCAACAACCUCCCUGCUACACACCCCAGCCUUUCACAGCCUCAUGGCAGGGGAAGACACAGCCAGGCCUGGAUUUUAUAAAACAAAUUUAUUCACAUUUUAGAAAAACUAGUUCAAGGACAUGGAAUGACCUUCCUAAAAGACCAAGAACAGAGGGCCAAAGGGAGGAGCUAGGGUGGGAAGGCAUGGGGAAUGGGGCCAUGUCUCCCACUUUGCAUGGGUGUAGGUCAAAUAAAUUAAAGGAAGGGUGGCCAGAGGGAGAGGUAUCCAGGAAACCAGAGGAGGAGUUGGAGCUGGAUGGAAGACAGCUGACACCUGCAAGAACUGGAGAAAGAACGCAGAGUGAACUAAGGACAGAGCCCUAAGUGCAACUCCCUUUUGGUCUUCACCCCACUAACAGUAUCCCACAGAACCAAGCUGGGUGCUCCUCCUCCAGGUGGAGCCCAGGAGGAGGCAACUCCGCACAGCAUGGGGAAGCCUGAAGAAGGCAAGGCCAAGGCUCCUUCCCCUCACCUGUGGAGCAAGGGAUCACCGUUUUCGAAGCCUCUUCAUGAAGCAGCAGGUGAUGGUGGCAAGAAUGGUGGCGCCGGUGACUAGGGCCACUCCUGUACCCACCAGAAGGGGCACAAAUAGGGUGUCCAGAGCUGGGUGAGAGAGGAUGGCUCUGUUCAGGGGGAGUACCAUCGUUCCCCACCCACUGUCACUCUCCCCUUCAGGUUCUCUGGACCCACCCACUACACACACAGAAGGCCCUCCCUGCUCACUGCCUGCCUCUCUCUGCCAUGGCACAGAUGGGCACAGAGGGGAUCUUCAUGUGAAGUGAUUCAGAGGAGAGAAGAUGGCAGCAGGAGGUUGGGAAGUUGGAAAGGAAGAACAAGGAUAGGGGCUGGGAGGGAGGCAGAGAUAAAGCAGGUGGAGGGAGGGGAGUUACUCACCAUGCGUGUAGGGGUAGACUGUGACAGGUCCCGAGCGGGCACUGCCUGCCUGGUACCAGCUGUAGUCAGCAUGCUGCACCCAGGCACUGGGGGCACAGUGGUACACACCUUCAUCCUCAGGACCCAAGCUGUGCAAUCUCAGUCGAUGGCUUCGGGGACCCACCAGCUCCACGCUGACAGGGCCUCCACCGGGUCGGACCCCCAGCUCUGCCACACCAUCCUGGCCCACACCGCCUACCAGCUGGGCAGGGCCAGAGCUCAGCUCUCCUUCCUCCAGUCGUUCCACCCACCAGCUGGCAGCCAGACGCAGGCCUGGGGGACCACCACGCACAGAGAUGUUGCACAACAGGGACGCAGUCUCCCCACGGUAUACCGUCCCCCCUGCUAGCCAUGCCACAGCCUCCAGUGCUACACCUGCAGAAUGAAGGACAUGGGAUCAGAGGGUGAAGGGUCAGAAUUCAUGGGGUCAGGGCUGUUGUCAAAGCAAGUAUCCAGAAAACUCAGGUUAUUCCCACAAUCAUGAUGGAAGAGUGAAACUGAAGAAUGGUAGCAGCUAAUGAAUGGGGAUUAGGGCGCAUAGAAAUGGAAGGAAAGGGUCCUAGAAGCCCCAAACCCUGCUGAGGGCACAACCCCAUCUCACCUUCCUCCCGUACAUGCACAGGGAGAGGCCGGGAGCGGGCACUGGCUGCUUCACGAAGCCGGGUCCCAGACCCCCGAACAUAGGCUUUGGCAAGGCAGCGAUAGGUACCCGCGUCACCAGGCCUGGCAGCCUCUAGCCGUAGACGGUAGGUUCUAGAUGCCACCUUCUCCAUGGCAAUGUGCCGGCCCUCAUAACCAGGGCCCAAGCUGCCCACGCCUUCUGUGUCCAGCUGGGCUACCAGGCGGCCAGGCCCAGGUGCCCCUGCAGGUGCCAUCUCCCAGCCCACAGAGUAUGCAGCAUGACGGCCUGGCGGGGGCAGUGCCCCUGACACAUUGCACAGCAGUUCCAAGGGUUCCCCUGGGCCAAUCCGACGUUCACCAGGCCCCACUGUCACUGCCAACUGGCUGGCUGAAAUGUGAGGAAGAAGGGUGUCAUGGGGGAGGGGGGAUUCCCCACCUAUAAUUCCUUCCUUGACAGCAACAAUUUGCAGGCCUCCUGUCUGCCCUUCACUUGGUGUGACCAUCCUGCCCAGAGGCCUGAAUCUUAUGUACCCUUCACCCAUGGCCUUCCUAUCUCCAUACCCAAGUUGUGAGUAAAGAAAAUCUGUCACGGGUACAGAGAAAAACAGUGCCAACAGAGGUGCUCACCCUAUGCAAGAUGAAGAACUCAUCUAUGCCAGAUGAGUCCCUGGCAUUGUCCCAGGCAAUGAUCAUCUAGUAACCCCCAUACCCACUGAGAUACGCCCCCUCCCAUGGCAGGACAUGUGGCACUCACACAGUGUCUGCACAUCCACAUGGGCCAGGACAGCCCUCUUCUCUGCAAUCUGUGCCCAGCUGCCAUCGGGAUCCUGAAUCCACUCAGCAGCGGUACAGUGAUAGGUGCCUGCAUCACCUGCCUGGGCACCCCCGACCACCAUGCGGUACCGAUCAGUCCCUUCCUUGCCAAGCCGCAGUUCCCCGGCAGCCAGCCGUUCAGCAUAGGGAGCUCCAGCCUCCACAGCCAAGUUAGAUCGGAGUCCCACCACUUCCUGCAGAGUGGCUCGACCCACUGGAGCCUCAGGCACAGCUCGCCCAAAGGACACAGCCAGGUGUGUGUGCUUCUCUGUGUUUGUCCUUGCCAGACAUCCCAGGGCCAGCUCCUGCCCCUCAUGCACUGUCAGACGUGGUGGUGAGGUUGGGGCCUGACGGCCUCGAGGCCCUGGAGGGGCAGCAGAAACCUGCAGCAUAUCUGGAAGAACUGGAGAGAACAGUUGGAAUAAAGGACAGCUGGGAGCUGGCAGCCCUUGUUGCUAUUUCAUGUACAAUCCAUCCCCUGAACUGCCUGAGUUCCAAAGGGCAAAGAUUGCAUGUUAUAUUAUUUCUUUUAUAACUCAGUGGUGCCAAGCAGUGCUGGACACACUAAGGCGCUCAAUAAAUACUUGCUGAAUUUCACAGAAUCAGUCCAUUGCCUCUCCCUCUUAUGUUGGAUACUGGUACCUGUUUGAAAUACUCAGAAAAGUAGCCCUGUCUUCCUUAGAAGACAAACUUAAGAGCAUAAGAAUAUCACAUGGCAUAAUUCCUACCCACUUGUACU